AUGGCUUUGGGUAUGGAAGAUGGUGAUUGUGAUUUUCUAGCGAUGGAAUUGGGGGACAGUGAGAAGGAUAGUGAUAGCUCUAACUGUUGCCUCUACAGGCUUUGGACAGUUCUGGGGGGACCUUCUAUCUUUUGUUUUACUGUUUUUGGGCUUCCUACUUUUUCUGCUUUUGGUCAUUCUAUUGUCUCUGAUUUGUGUGGUCCUGUUGGGGGAGUGGGGAAGGGGAAAAAUGUUGAGGAGGAAGUGUUGAAAAAUGGCAUUGUUGAGGUGGAGAGUUGGUUACUGUUGAGCAAUUUGGUUCUACGGAUGCUAGGAUU